AGAAACAGUAGUGCAAUCUCCCCAACACUUUCACUGUCAAUCAGGCUUAAUGGGGUAUAAAAAAAACCUCCCCAGCGCCGGGGCGGUGACAGGCAGAGAGAGCGAUGGGGAGACGGGACUAGGAGCAGUGCCCAGCUCCCGCCAGUGCCAAAAAGCCUCUGUAGCUAUUUCUAUAUCUAUAUAUUAAAGAAAAAAGAGGGGGGUGAAAAAAAACCAACCUUACACUGAAUAGACCCUUUCUUAAACAGAAACUCCUGGCAAUCCUCUCUCUCUCCUUUAAGCCAUUUCCUGAGUCUCAGAAUAGGAGGGAGCUGCCUGCGGGCUGACGUUUGGACACAGGCGGCUCGCUUUGAUUUUUCUUCUUCUCUGGUUUUGGUUUUUUUUUUUUUUGGUUUUGGGGGGUUUUUUCCUCCAAAACCUAAGCCCCUGCCCGUCGGAAGCUGGAUGUGAGCCGGGCCCCUGGGGAGGGGGCGCUGCCUCCCGCGCACCUGGGUGCUUGCCACCCAGCCCGGCCGUCCCGGGCUACCUGCCCGCCGCAGGGGACGCGGCUGGGUGGUCUGCGGCCCCGGGAUCUUUCCAGCUGGAGGUUUUGCUUUUGUGCUUGUCUUGGUUUUUUGCACGGGAGGAUGGGCUGGAGGUGGCUGGGCGCCCUGCUGCUGCUCCCGGUGCAGCUGCUGUGGCUGGCGGGGAAGGCGGCGGCGUGCCUGGUGCUGCCGCCCCGGCUGCGGGACCUGUCCCGGGAGAGCGUGCUCAUCACCGGCGGGGGCAGAGGCAUCGGCCGCCACCUGGCCACGGAGUUUGCAAAGCGAGGAGCCAGAAAGAUCAUCCUGUGGGGUCGAACGGAGAAGUGCCUGAAGGAAACCACAGAGGAGAUCAGGACAAUGGGAACAGAGUGCCAUUACUUCAUUUGCGAUGUGGGAAACAGAGAGGAGGUCUAUCAGCAAGCCAAAGCUGUCCGAGAAAAGGUGGGUGAUAUCACCAUCCUCGUGAACAAUGCUGCCGUGGUUCACGGAAAGAGCCUGAUGGACAGCGACGACGAUGCGCUACUCAAAUCCCAACACAUAAACACCCUGGGACAGUUCUGGACCACCAAGGCUUUCCUGCCCCGGAUGCUGGAGCUGCAGAACGGACACAUCGUUUGCUUGAAUUCUGUCUUGGCCUUAUCAGCCAUCCCUGGGGCCAUCGACUACUGCACCUCCAAAGCGUCGUCCUUUGCCUUCAUGGAGAGCUUGACCUUGGGGCUGCUUGACUGCCCCGGAGUGAAUGCUACCACAGUGCUGCCUUUCCACACCAGCACAGAGAUGUUUCAAGGCAUGAGAAUCAGGUUUCCCAAAUUAUUCCCUCCUCUAAAGCCAGAGACAGUGGCCAGGAGGACAGUGGAAGCCGUUCAGAUGAACCAAGCCCUGCUUCUCCUGCCUUGGACAAUGAACAUCCUUGUCAUCUUGAAAAGCAUUCUCCCGCAGUCGGCACUUGAAGAAAUCCACAAGUUUUCUGGAAGCUACACCUGCAUGAACACUUUUAAAGGGCGAACAUAGACCUGGUGACGCAAAGACUCUUUCUGCAGUCAAGCCAACACAAGCAGCAAAAUCCUGACAAGAUUGUGAAUCAGCCGUCUUGGCUGUUAGCCUGUCCUGUCCGUGUGACUUGUGCAGCUCUGAGGCAACACAUUUCUUGCAGGCCAUACCCAUAGCAACACGACCUUUGCACAGGACUGAAAGGCUAAACUAUGGACUUCUGGAAGGAGAAACAAAAAAAAGCGUGAAAUGUUUAUGCAAUGUCUAAUUCUGUAGAAUCUGAUUGUUAAAUCUGCUCCUAGGUUUAGGAUUGAAUUGCUGUUUCCAUAAGACCCAGAGACUGCUCCGACCCAGGCGCAGCACUUCUCGCCCCAUCCUUCCCCCACUCUGCUCACAGAAACCGGAAGAACAAUGGGGAUUGAUUUCAGGAAUGGGAGUUUUAAAAAUUACCGUAAAGGGGCAGUAGCUAAGACUUUUUAUGGAGACUUUGCCUUUCCCCUUCCUCACUGCAUUGGAUGGCCGGUGCUUUCGAACUAUUGAAGCAGCUCGUUCGCCUGACGGCCGAUCCUUCCCCGAAGGGCCACUAAGGAAGCUCCUGUGCGCGAAAGGACUGUUCCCGUCUAGCCAAGGACUGCGCACAUCAAAAGGCUGAAGGGGGAAACCCAGAAUGAGGAGUAGCUAGGUAUAGCAUUUGGAAAGGACAGUCUUAAUAAGGCAAGGUCCCUUCAGCCACUAAAAUCCUAUGCAGAAUGUAACUGUUGUGUCUGAAUACUUUUGUUCAUUUAUGGUGAAAUAUAAUUUCCUUUUAGCAUUAA